AUGUCGGGUGUUGGGGAAAUUCUCAAGGCGGUUGGUGCUUUUGGGCCGUUUCAGAAACGGCUGGUGCUGCUCACCGUGCUUCCCUGCCUCAGCAUGGCUUUCCACCAGUUUUGCCAACUUUUUAUGGUUGUGGAUGUGCCACACCACUGCAACACCAGCUGGAUCCUUGCUAUCGACCCCAGCCUGACAGAGGAAGAGCAGCUGAACCUCACGCUGCCCCGAGAUGCAGACGGGGAGUACGACGAGUGCUCCAUGUACUCACCAGUGGACUGGAACCUCAGCUCCAUCGUGGCAUAUGGCCUGAACACCACAGAGAAGUGCAGGAAUGGCUGGGUGUACCCCUCAACACAACCGCCGUCCCUGCUGACUGAGUUUGACCUGGUGUGUGACAGGAAGGACUUGAAUGGCAUCUCCCAGUCUUUCUACAUGUUGGGUCUCUUCCUAGGAUCCAUGAUCUUUGGGCCACUAAGUGACAGGAUCGGCCGACGGCCAGUCAUCCUGAUCUCCAUCCUCAUUCAGGGCUUUUUCGGUGUAGGAAUUGCCUUUGUGCCCCAUUUCUAUGUGUUCAUGGCCUUCAGAUGUGUCGUGGGGGCUUCGGUGUCGGGGAUCACGAUGACCAUACUGUCCUUAGCCACUGAAUGGGUGGGAGUCUCUGCCCGGCCAAAGGCAGUGCUUUUUUCCCACUGCUGCUUCGCCAUCGGACAGAUGAUUUUGGCUGGCUUGAGUUAUGGGAUCCGCAACUGGAGGCUGCUGGAGAUCGCAGGAUCUGCUCCUAUAUUCGUGGUUUUCUUCUACAUCUGGGUGCUACCAGAAUCAGCUCGGUGGCUGGUGACAAAAGGCAAAAUAGAAGAAGCUAAGAAGGUCCUUCAGAAGGCAGCAUCUGUCAACAAGAGCACCAUACCAGCAGAACUCCUGGAGCAGUUGAAGCCUGAGAAGAAGACCAAGUCUGGAAACAUUCUGGAUCUCUUUCGGAAGAAGCAUCUCCGGAACUUGACUUUAAUCAUGUCGUGCAUCUGGUUUGCAGACAGCCUUGUCUACUAUGGGCUGAGCCUCAACGUGACAAAUUUUGGUCUGGACAUCUACCUGACCCAGCUUGCCUUUGGAGCAGUGGAAAUCCCAGCCCGUAUUGGUUGUAUCUUCGCACUGCAGUGGUUUGGCAGAAAGAAAACCCAGGGUGUUUUCCUGCUGCUGAGUGGCCUGAUGUGUCUGAUCAUCACUGGCAUCCCUGAAGACCAGCUCGUGGUGACCACUGUCCUGGCCAUCAUUGGCAAGUUCACAGCCACAGCUUCCUUCUCCACCUCCUACGUCUACUCCGCAGAGCUCUUCCCCACGGUUGUCAGGCAGACUGGCGUGGGGCUGUGCUCCAUGGCAGCACGGGCGGCGGGGAUCCUGGCCCCGCUGAUCCACCUCCUGGACCAGUACCACCAUGCCAUCCCUAUAGCCAUCUAUGGGAGUGCCCCCGUGGUGGGGGGGCUGCUCUGCUACCUGCUGCCCGAGACCCGCGGCGUCGACCUGCCAGAUGACACGAGGGCACAUAGCCACUCCUCAGCUGAGAUCUGUGAAAAUGCCAACCGCAGCUCUGAAAAUGGAUGUGUGAAAGAAAAAGAUGGUGGCCAAGACAAUGAAUUCACAAAGACCACUUACUUCUAGCUGGGCCUGCAAGCAGCUGUGGCUAACGGCAACCUUGU